GAGAUCAAGAUACAGGAACAGAUUCACAACCUGGGUAUGGGGGUGAUCCCGAGAAGCAUGCAUGUGACCCUUGAGCACGAUUUAGUAGACAGGUGUAAGGCUGGAGAUGACGUGACGGUUGUAGGUGUAGUCAUGCGCCGUUGGAAGACCGUGUUCCCAGACGUGAAGUGCGAAACGGAAUUG